AUGAAGGUCUACUCGUUGUCCGUUGUCUGUGCACCCCCUUCGUCACCCUCUGUAGUCCUCAGUUCAGCGGUCGACGUUUCCAGCUUCUCAUUCUACCAACGUGGGUCGGUCUCAGAGUUCUUGUCAUUCUUCUCCAAGACAGUCGUCGAGAGAACUGCUCAGGGCCAACGACAGAGUGUACAGGAGAACAACUAUUUCGCUCAUGUGUACAACCGCGGCGGCGCGGAACAACUGGCAGCCAUCAUCAUCACUGACCAAGAAUACCCCGUUCGGCCUGCCUUCUCUCUCCUGACAAAGAUUCUGGAUGAAUUCACGGCUAAAGUUUCCCAAUCUUCUUAUUCUAAUCCUGCAUCUAUCUCUUUCCCGGACAUCCAGACGUACCUCACCAAGUACCAGGAUCCGCGGCAGGCAGAUGCCAUCAUGAGAGUACAACAGGAACUAGAUGAGACGAAGAUAGUUUUGCACAAGACGAUAGAGUCGGUACUGCAACGCGGAGAAAAGCUCGAUAACCUGGUGGAACGAUCCAAUGCACUCUCUGCACAGAGUAAGAUGUUUUACAAGACCGCUAAGAAGCAAAAUUCUUGCUGUGUUAUCAUGUAA